AUAUCAUCUGCGCAUGCGUACCAGUUUUACACUAUUCGAAUAUGGCUGUUAGGUGUUUGAAAGCGGCUCAGAAGAAUCUACAAUAUUUAAAUCAUUUGUUAUCGCUGGCUGCGAGGAAUAACCGGGGUUCUCUGUGUUUGCUGAGUACAGCAGCAUACCAAAGGACAACCGGUGAGGACCAAAAUGUUGAUGAAAUCCAGGAUGAGCAAAGUCAGUCAUUAACUAUAAGGGCUCUUGAAGUGAGAGCUAGUAAACUUGAAGAGCAAGUCCGUGAUCUCACUGAGAGGUAUAAAAAAGCUUUAGCUGACUCUGACACAGUUCGAAGAAGAACUCAGAAGUUUGUGGAGGAUGCAAAGCUCUUUGGUAUCCAGAGUUUUUGUAGGGACUUGGUGGAGGUUGUUGACAUCCUUGAGAAAACUACAGGGAAUGUGCUUGAGGAAGAGUUGCAAGACCCAAACCCUACCUUGCGAAGCCUUUACGAGGGACUCUCACUUAUUGAGUUAAAGUUGCAAAGAGUGUUUUCAAAACAUGGGCUUGAAAAAAUGACUCCAAUUGGGGGCAGAUAUGAUCCUUAUGAUCAUGAAAUAGUAUGCCAUGUUGCUGCAGAUGGCGCCGAGCCUGGCACGAUAACGGUUGUAACUCAGCAUGGGUACAAGCUUCAUGGGCGUACAAUCAGACAUGCACUUGUAGGAGUAGCAGUUGAAUCUCAAGAGUAGUAGUCCUCCUGCAUUUGUUAGGUUGGAAGUUGAGAAGAAAACUAAUAUAAUUGAGAAUAUUUAUGGUUAAUAUCUGUUACAUGACAUAAAUGAAAGACAUCGAUUAGCAUACGGAGUAUCCUGUUUCACUAUUGCACAAAAUCUGCGUUUUUUUUAGUUUUUGGGAGUUGUACAAAAGAUUCAAAUGGUGCUGGUUUAUUCAUGACAUAUGAUGUUGGUGUACACACUGCUGUAGAUUAGAGGUCUGAAAUUACCUUACCGUUUUUUUCCUAAUUUAUUUAUGUAUAUAGCUUUAUAUUAUCAUCAUAUUUUUGUAGCAUGCAAAUGUGCAGUUUAUUCCAUUUGAAACAUCUUGUACUAAAUCUGUUAGAAUAUGUCUGUCUGCUUUUCAGACCUGGUGCACAAAUAUCCUCAUGUGUGUUAUUUUCUGAAAUAUGCAGUGAUUUGUCCUUCUGAGCCUUCUUUCCUUUUAAGGAGUUUGUUAGCUUAUACACAGGUACUGGGCAUGCUUUUAAUAUAUAAAACUGAUUACAAUUAGAUUGUUUUGAGAAGAUGUGGAAAUGUUCUUUGAAUUUGGAUUUUUUUAAUAUAUCUAUAUGUAGUCAAUCUGAGUGGUUUCCUGUGUGAAGGUUAUUGAUUAUUGAAGGUUACUGUGCAU